AUGAAGAGCGUGGGACGCCUUACGAGUCGAGUGCGGCUGCUGGUCGCGCAAGUGUCUCGUCGCGAUGGUCCAAAAGGGACUCUAUUGCUCACGAGAAGGAUGAUCGCGACGGUCUCGCGCUUCGAUCAACCGGCAUCGCUAGUGGACGAGAGCGCCAUGGACCAUUUGGUGUGUCCCAUCUCCAAGUACCCAUUGCGCUACGACACUGAGCGCGGUAGUCUCGUGUGUGACCAAAUUUCUGUCGAGUACCCGAUUUGGUACGGUGUACCAGUACUUGUGCCCUCAGAAGGACGGAUCGUGGAGGUCCUAACCAGUGGUGAGUACAAUCACGAUCACGAGGAGAAGCUCAAGUGA